CUGGGCCACCGUAGCUACGUACAAAGUAGUGAGGCGCGUACGCACCGGAUUUGGUUUUCCCCACGAAUGCUAAGCUAACACUAGCAAUCGUUAUUUUUUUUAUUUAAAGUGUGUGAAACUGUUUCAAUGGAGAGUGUAAAUGCUAAGUACGUGUCCCAGAAAAUCAGUAAAACCAGAUGGCGACCCGUAUCUCAUUCCACUUUGCAGCAACCAGAUAUCUUUGCGACUGGCUCCUGGGAUAACGAGGAUAACAAGAUUUCCUUUUGGUCAAUUGGGAAUCAUGGAAGCUCUGCAUUGGAUGAUGAAUUUGAAGGAGACCCACAGCUUUUAUGUGAACACAAGCAUGAUGGAGAUGUUCUGGAUCUUCAGUUUUUGGACCAAGACAAAAUCGUCACAACAUCGUCAACUGGAGCAGUAACCAUCUUCCGCCACCACCAAAACAGUGAGACGAUAUCAGUUUCUCAGCGCUGGCCAGGAGUUCAUUGUUACCCAUGUGACAACGCUCCCUGUACUGGGGUCGUGUGCAGCAGUCCUGAGAUCGUCACGGUCGGUGAAGAUGGAAGGAUCGUCGUCUUCAGAGCCGACCAGGAGGGAGUCGUUAGAGUCAUAGAGAAUGCGGACAGCAGCACGAUUCAUGCUGUGACCUACCUGAGGACCACAGAGAUUUUGACGGUGAACUCCAUCGGCCAACUCAAGCUGUGGGACUUCAGGCAACAGAGCAACUCGCCAUCCCAGAUUCUCUCCUUGUCAGGGGAUAGAGUCCCUCUGCACUGUGUGGACAGACAUCCCAACCAGCAGCACAUUGUUGCCACAGGGGGGCAGGACGGCAUGCUCUGUGUCUGGGAUAUAAGACAAGGCAGCACACCCUUCUCACUCAUGGAGGCUCACUCUGCUGAAAUGUGGGAAGUCCAUUUCCACCCGUCGAACCCAGAUCAUCUGUUCACCUGCUCAGAGGACGGUUCACUGCUGCACUGGGAGACGUCCGCACAGUCAGACAUGCCCUCCUUCUUACAAGGUGGCAGGAACAACAGCAUGAUAUCUCGCAGUGCGAUGGCCCCGGCUGGAGGAAACCAGUCCCUCAUCAGCGCGUGGCUGAGCGGAGACUCCAGUAAAGGCCGCGUGGAGACGACUCACAUGUUGCCCAGCCAGACGCUGUCCGUCAACAGCCUGGAUGUACUUGGACAAUGUCUUGUCUGCGGGACUGACGGAGAAGCAAUUUUUGUCAACAGUCAAGUCCCCGUUUAGAAGAGUUGUUCCUUUACUGAACAAGAUCUCUUUAUUUGCCGUCAAUUGCUGUCACCACAUAGGUUUUAUUGUCUCAUUUGAUCAUACAAGGUGCCUCAAAAAAACUGUGUUCAAAAGUCUACUGUUGACAUUUUGGUUAAAUUGUGUAUUUGUCAUGUCAUAUAAUGGUGCAUACACAGUAUUUUUGCGCAUUUCUGGAUGGAUUCAUCAAUGAAUCUAGGUUUUUGUAGAUCAUUCCACAAACAGUAGUUCAACUCUACAGUACUUUUGUAUGGAUUUCAUUUAAAACGUUUUGAAAUAAAUGAAUAAAAAUGCCUUAUA